AUGAGCGAAAAGGACAGCGGAAACAGGAAAGAAAAACAGGACAAAUACGACGAAUUGAUAAUAGCUCAGCAAGAAAAUAUUAAAAAGUUGGAAAAAGAAAUAUCGAUGUUGAAAAAGAACAUCGAAAAAUACUCCGAGACUUUGAGCAAGAGUAAAAAACGCAACGACGAAGUUGGUAACAGCAUCGAAAAAAUUUUCAUAGGAGAGAAAGGAAAAUUCCGAGAAACGUUAGAACUAUUCUCGAAAAUCCUAAUCAACGUCGGAAAGUACAAAGAAAAACAUGUUUCCAUGAUUUAUGACAAGGUUAUCGGAGAAUUAUCGUUGUCUCGGUGCCGUUGCAAGCAAGCGACGUUCAACAUCGAUUUUGCUUUGAAAUCUCAGAAAGAUGAGAUGCGCAAAGAGAAGCAUCUUAGAAAGAUUAAGGAGACCGAGCCGUUGGACAAGCAGAAGUUCACAAAGGCGCAGUCGGCGCUGAACGCGUCGAUCGUCGAGACAGAAAAGGCUUUUCAUUCGUUGAAGGAGGAGCUGGAGUCGUUUGAUAAACAACGCGUUGAAGAACUCCGCGCUGUUCUCCUCGCGUUCACAGAGAACAAAGACAUGCUUUCAUAUUUGGAUACAGUGCAAGACAGCAGAGCCUCUGCAAGCGACAGUAAGACUGAUGUACAAGCUUCAAGUGCAAACUGA